AUGAAUGGAGCAGUCCUUGCACUGUUCAGUUUGCUAAGCAGUGCUUAUGCGUUCACGUUACCAGCUGGUUUAAGGCCUGCAAAAGCCGUUGGAGAUGCUCGAACAGCAAUUGUUCCAGGACAGGAUGAGGCACAGCCAACAGCACCGUCGGAAGUCGGAUCAAAUAAAGCGGAUUCACGUGAAAUAUCCGCGAAAGUGCCACCAAAUUUGUCACUGCGAUCUCGAAUGAUGGCUGCGCUCAGUUCACGAGACUCCUCGAAAACAGCAGUGAAACAGCCAAUUGUUUAUCCUUCAGUAACAUUUCAAGUGAUUUUCUUUAUUCGAAAUUUACAGGACGAAAGGAUCACAAGUGAAAGCGAUGCCCAGGUGGUGCCACCCUCACAACCGAUAAUUUUCACGAAAAAUCACAAGAAAGGCUCUCCAGCGGUCCCCAAACCUAUUUUCGUCGAUACAAGUCGGAACAACGUUCUAGUGGUCGCUAAAGCACCUGGAAAACCGAGCGCAAAUAACUAUGGACUGAAUACGGUGCUGCAAACGAAUCUUGUCGAUUCACGUGGAAGGGUGAUGAAGGGCGUUAAUGUGGUGCCAAUUAAGGUUCAAGUACCAAAUAACCCGAAAAAUGGACGUAUCAGGUAUGACUCUGGCACUUUUGCUCAUUCCCAUUUUCUUGUUCCGACAGUACACUCAUUUUUAACCAGUUGCUGUGGAAAAGCGCAAGUGAUAUAA